UGCUCCGCAUGUAAUUCUCCCCUUAACGACAAAAUUGAGUCGCGUGACUUUAGCAGUUUUCAAUUUCAAUCUGCCGUCGGGCAACUGCCCCCCUGUGUUUCGCUCUUUUAAAUCAAAUCGAAAAAUUUAAUGUGUGAAAAUUCUCCCGAGGAGCGAGAUCAAUAAACUCUGGAGAGGACCUCUGGGACCAACCGACUCUGACUUAUCGUCUCGAUGUAAAUAUUAUUGAGCGAAACGUCCGUAUCAAAAAUACUUCGACGCGACGCGGCUCAAGCUGGGCAUUACAUUCUACACGCAGUGUUGUCGAGAUACGUCUUCCAGACGUCUCGCGCUCGUUUGCAAGACGUCAGUAUCCCUCUGAUGGUCUAAGCCGGCAGCAUCCGGGCCUUCACGAUGUCGAGUAAUCUCUGCGCAGCGAGUAACACGUCAACUCACACAUCCAUGUCUCUGAUAUUCGUGCGACUGAAACAAGGAAAACUGGCGGGGGUGCUUAAAGAAGGCGUAUGCGGUAUCAAGUAUAAGGCUUUCCUGGGCGUUCCUUACGCGACACCACCGAUUGGCAACCUGCGGUUCCAGGACCCCAAACCAGUCGCGAACUGGGAGGGCGUACGAACCGCUACGGACGACUUUUGCAACAUGAGCGCGCAGAUCAAUCAGUCCUCGGACAGGAAUAUCAUCGGCAACGAGGACUGCCUAUAUCUCAACAUCUACGUACCGUGCGAGUGGCCAUCGGGCCUCUCAUGCAUACCGGUUAUGGUUUGGAUUCACGACGGAGAUUUCUUCACCGGGAAUAGCGAGUACUCCGAGAUACGGCCCGAUUACUUGAUGAAGAAGAAUGUCAUUUUGGUCACAGUUACCUAUAGACUGGGGGUUCUCGGUUUCUUAAAUCUCAGCAUCAAUGGUGCCUAUGGGAACCAAGGGCUAAAGGACCAGGUCGCCGCAUUACGAUGGAUCCAGGAGAACAUCUUCUAUUUCGGGGGAGACCCGGGCAACAUCACGGUCUUCGGCAACGGCACGGGCGCGGUGUCUGCGCAUUUGUUAAUGUUGUCGCCGUUAUCCCGAGGUUUCUUUCAGAAAGCUAUUCUUCAGAGCGGCGUCGCUCUGUGUAAUUGGGCGGUGAAGAAGCAGCAGAAGGAAGGUUUCACACUCGCCUCUGAAAUGGGCUGCCUUUCCACCGAUCCCAAAAGUAUACUCGAUUUUCUUAAGAGAAUUCCGUAUCGCGUGCUCGUGAUGGCGGAAUAUAAUAUCAUUAAAAAGAAGGACCGGUUUAUAAAAAAGGUCAUAUUUGGGCCUACGAUCGACAAGGAAUCGUCGAAUCCUUUUCUCCCGUGUCCCGUUCGUGAACUGCUCAACAACGGUAAUGAUAUACCAAUCCUGAUUGGUCAUAAUACUCAAGAGUUCUUUGGGUCUUUCUCGAAAAUCACAGACGACGAAAUACUGCAAUACAAGAAACUCAGCAUUUACGUGGAGCAGUUCGCGGGUCCGCACAACUUGGACAAAGUACCAGAAUAUACGAAGCAGAUUGAACAGUUUUACGAGUACGACGCGCCUUUUCAUACGUGGCAUUAUGAUCUUAAAAUACGCUGCUUGAGCGACCUGUACUACAAUCUCCCUAUUAGAAGCGUCAUGAUAAAUCGAGUGAAACAGAAAAGUGCCAAGACUUAUUAUUAUGUAUUUUCUUACAAUGGCGACGAAGGGAAAUCAAUGAAGGUUUCUAGAUCAUCUGUCAAACAAACAGGAACUUCCCACGGUGACGAAUUAGUAUAUAUAUUCUACACACCUCAUUCUAAAGAUAAUAAAAUUACGCUGCAAACGAUGUGGUCGGAUUACGAUAUGAUAAAUAUGAUUACGAGCAUUUGGAGCAAUUUUGCAAAGAAUAGCGAUCCCAAUUUUAAUUUCAAGAGUGCGUAUUCUGAAUGGCAGCCCAUCGAAACGGAAAAUGACUUAACGUGUUUCGAAAUUAACAGGUCUUCUACUAAAUGGCUUAUCGAGAAGAAACAUUUGGUACUAUCGGACAACUGGUAUUAAAUAUUGUACGUUAUUAUAAGUAUUAUAUGUCAAACAUAAGAUUAAAAAGCUUGCUUUGGAAUGGAAUUUUGUUAAUUUGCAAUGUAUGCGUCUAAUGUACGCCACGCAGUGUAAUUAUUUUUAAAGACUUCGAUAUAGCAGCGCUUGAAAAACAACA